AACCGGCCUCUGAGGAAGACUUGAAGACUCUGAAAGACUACGGGCUAGAAAGAGUCAGUAAAUGCAGUUCAAGAAAUCCGGAACGGGUAAUGUUUCUGCGCUUCUUUAUUAAUUCCCAAUCUAUUCAUGUUAUCUGUUAAUCAGCGCCGUAGCUAGUAUGAGGCCAACCGAGGCACUCGCCUCGGUAAAAUUUUGACGAAUUUCGCCGAUCAUUUUUAUUUUACAUAAGCGAUCAUCGGAUAUUUUUAACGCAUCAUGAUAUUACAAAGAAUUCAGCAAUUCAGUCAAUAUACUAUGAAAAAAUUACCAUAUCAUCGAUCUCAAGGGGCUACGUACGUUAAGGUGGCUCCGUAAUUAAUACUAGAGCAUUUAGCUGUGAAAAAUUUUCCGUCAUAACUUUUUCGAUUUUAACGCGAUGGCUGCGAAACUUUGCAAAGAACAACAGAUAUCGUUCGGCAAUAAUACGAAAUAUUCCGAUUUCAGUGAUGGUAAAUAUUUCUUGAGAAAUUAGCGCUUAAAGGGACCCCACUGUUCAAAGAAAAUCGCGUCUAGUAAGAAAUUUUGCUGAUAUUUUUUACUGAAAUUUCUGGUGUCGGCUUUAAUUGAUAUAAUAAAUAUGCCAGAGGAAUUUCAGAAAAAUCGUUGGAGCAGAAGUCCGUAACUAAAAGUCGCUCAAAAAUUAGCUGUGAAAUUGUUUUGGAAUUUCAAAACUAAAUUACUGUCAGGAAGAAGGAGACACUAGUUUCAAUUUUCGGGACAAGUAAAUUCAAUGUUUGCUAAUUCUGAAAAGAGAAGCCGAUUGCCUAUCGUGCUAUUCUUUAAAAGGUACUUUUCAGUUUUAGAAGCACUAUAAAUUGCUCCAAACCUUGGUCUGACGUCGAAUGACUUGUUCCUCGACGCUUUUAAAAUAUCCCUUGGCAGUUUUGGUUCAAAUUCCUACUACAUACAUUUUGAUGUAUUGCAAUGCAUCCUCAACGGCUUUUCUUGCUGCACGUUGUUUCCAAUUCAGGAAAAGGCAUUGGGAUUGUAAGCUACCUUGUAUCGAAGCACAGAUAGAACUGUCCAGCACCUUUGUUUAUGACUACAAAAUGAGCACGAGCGGCAGCUCUGCGAGGAAUUCGCACCUCAGCCAGGGGGGACGAAUUACAAUGAUGCCCAUGUCUGUGAACCGAUCUGUAUAAACAUGUAUUGCAGAGCAAAACAUAAUAAUCAAGAAAAAAACUACCCAUUCAUUGAAGGAAGGAGUGACAAGAAUUUCAGAGUUGUAUAUUUAUUCACGGGCAGUAUUUUUGCGAUAAUUUUAUUUUGCACUGUGAUGUUAUUCGGUUCACAGGCAUGGUUAUCAUUGUCGUUCUUCCCCCCUUGUUGAGGUGCGAAUUCCUCGCAGAACUGCCGCUCGUGCUCAUUUUGUAGUCAUAAACAAAGGUGCUGGACAGUUCUGUCUGAGUUCUGAUACGAGGUACCGUCCAAUCUCAAUACUUUUUUCCUGAGUUGGAAGCAACGAACAGCAGUAAAAGUCGUUGAAAAUGCAUUGCAAUACAUCAAAAUGUAUGUAGCAGGAGUUUGAGCCAAAACUGCCAAGGGAUAUUUUAAAAAUGUCGAAGAACAAGUCAUUCGACGUCAGAGCAAGGUUUGGAGCAAUUUAUAGUGCUUCUAAACCUAAAAAGUACCUUUUAAAGAAUAGCACGAUAGGCAAUCGGCUUUUGUUUUAAGAAUUAGCAAACGUUGAAUUUACUUGUCCCGAAAAUUCAAACUGGUGGCUCCUUCUACCUGAUAGUAAUUUAGUUUUGAAAUUCCAAAACAAUUUCACAGCUCAAUUUUGAGCGACUUUUAGUUACGGACUUCUGCUCCAACGAUUUUUCUGAAAUUCCUCUGGCAUACUUAAUAUAUCAAUUAAAGCCGAUGCCAGAAAUUUCAGUAAAGAAUAUCAGCAAAUUUUUUUACUAGACGCGAUUUUCUUUGAACAGUAGGGUCCUUUUUAGCGCUAAUUUCUCAAGAAAUAUUUACCAUCAAUGAAAUCGGAAUAUUUCGUAUUAUUGCCGAAUGAUAUCUGGCGUUCUUUGCAAAGUUUCGCAGCCAUCGCGUUAAAAACCAAAAAGUUAUGACGGAAAAUUUGUCACAGCAAAAUGCUCUUGUAUUAAUUACGGAGCCACCUUAACUCAAAUUUUUUUUGAACAAAUACUGAUCAAAACCAUUGGCGAGCUUAACGGUCACCCAGAUUAUGUAGCUUGUUUCUGAUUAUUGCUUUUUAAAUUCCACUUAAAUUAACUCAAAAAAAGUUAACGAAAGGCCCAGAAAACGCUGCAAAUCGCAUUUCCGAGAGACUAAAGUUCAAAAUUUCUCGGGGGGGUGCAUGCCCCCGAACCCCCCUAGCAACUCCCGCCUGCCUCGGUUGGCCGUUUGGUCUGGCUACGGCACUGUUAAUAUUCUUGAUUUUCUGCUAAUAGCUGUCGGCUAUAAGUAGAAUUAUGUCCCUAGAAUUUAUCUGUGUUAUGAGUAAAAUAGGCAUUCUUUUCUCUUGAUUUUCGUCUGCAUUACAAGGCAGUCAUGCAUGUUAGUGAUCAAUACAAUACAAUGGUUUUUGCUUAAUCAAUCACGAGAACAGAAAUUUCUAGGGCAUUGUAUCACUGCCAAAAUUUGACUAAUUUUUCUAAAAAUCUAUUUUAACAUUUGUCAGUUAAUGGGGUUUCCAUCAUAUGUCAAUUGAACAUGUAAUCAAACUUCAAAUGUAAAUAAUCAUGACAAAGUGAAACAAUAAUGAAAAACAGUAGACACAUCCACGAGUUGUUUAUGCAGCUAGAAAUUACGGGUCGUUAGCAUACACGGAUGCCUUAAAUAAUUGGCAUCUUUCCCUGUAGACGAGGUAAUGCUUCCACUUUUCCUUUAGUUUUUGACAUAAUUCUUCCCAAUCUAGGUUGAAAACCCAAUGAAAAUUAAUUGGGCCCAACAAAAAUAGUCAUCCAAUGACUGUCGAUAAUGUGAUGCUUCUGUUAUACAUGUACAUGAGGCCUCUUAGGAGAGGAGGGGGUGUGUUUGUCCCUGGUCUAGAUCUGAAAUUCAAAUGGGGUUGUUUCGUGUUUUGAGGAGAAGGCCAUGUCCUUGUUGUUACACCCUUCUAGCAUUUUUAACAUUCACCAUGCACCAGUGAGCACAAUUUUGUCAGCAUAUAUUAGAAGCAACACAUUGAUGGUGGCUGUGGUAAAUGAAGGGGAGGGGAAAGGGGAGUGAAAGUGUUGGUUGUGGAGGAGGAGUGGGGAUUUGUUGGGCAUGGAAGAGGGGAGGGUUAGUGAAAGCAAGGGAAAGACAGGGAGCAGGGGAAGUGGGGGAAAUUGAGACUUCAGAGCAUGUAAAUCAACUUAACAUUUUACCCAGUUUUCUGUUUAUGGUAUCAUAAUUUUCAUUUUUUUGGUGUGAUAAGUGAAACGUUUUUGUUCUUUUUAUCAUAUUAGUUUUCUUUUUGUAGGCAUUAAUGAAAUAUAGGUUCUACAACUUGCAAUAAGUCAUACUACAGCCUGUGAGUAAACUUGUCUUUUGACAUUUUGUCAUUAGUGUUAGAUGUGAAUUUUUGUAGCAACUUUUGAUUUGAAACUUGAGCUUCUUGUUCCUUGAUCGCACAUAGGGAAAUUCCUAGGGCAUUAGAUUGCCUCCAAAAUUUGACAUGUCCUUCUUAAAUUUUAUUAAACAUUUGGCAUUUUUCGUCAUUAUGUAUGAUUGGUGCUUGUAGAACCGUCCUCGAAGUUUUAAACCAGGGACAGAAACUUCUUAUCAGGUAUCCUCUGUUAUGCUGUCAAUGACCCCUUUACACUUGAGUUUUAACUUAGAAGAGUAUUUUUAGUGCGAUAUUUUUUUUCUCACCAAUCGUAAAGGAGUGUGCUUCAAUAAUUAGUAACUUGUGUGCAACACGGAGUUUCGCGAGAGGUUGCGAGAGACGUAUUUGUAGUUUAUUUAUUAUUUUCCACACAGAUUUAAUAGGUAGCGGAUUUUUCUUUCUCAGGCUUCAAUGGCGACCGCAGCACCUUCACCUCUGGCCAGCUCCGUAGAGAAGACGAAUGGAAACAAGCUGAGCAGACUUCUCAUAGAUGGUGGAACAACAGUACUGAGGAAUAUUUUUGACACUUAUCACCCUCCUUCCAACUUGGCUAGUAACCUUCAUGCAAACUAUUCCAUUCUUGUUAAACUUAUGCGUCGGAAAAUUCUUAACGGGAGUCAAUGGGAAAACCUGUUUCCACCAGCUGGAGGGCAUCCAAACUCUAAGAACUUUGAUAUCACUCUUCUGUUUCUCUUACUGACGAAUAUUUGUGGCCUAUCCCCUCCCCUCUCAGGUUCUUGGCACAAAAUGCCUCCCGCGAGUGACACCUCUACAGAGGCUAAUCUUGCUCGCGUCAAGUUCUAUCGAAACGAGCUCUAUGGUCACGUGGCAACAACUGGCAUUCCAACACCAGUGUUCGAUGUGAAAUGGCGGGAAGUUAGUUCCGUUCUUGUUUCGCUUGGAUUGAAUCCGUCUGAAGUGGACAAAUUGAAGCGAGAGCCUUCUGGGGAGGACUAUGUCAGCGCUGUUACUGAAUGGAUGAAAAAUGACGAUGAGAUCAAAUUCCAAUUAAAAGACGUAAUUCGCAAACAACAACAAGUGCUCCAAAACCAGAAGGAAGAUGAGAGAACUCUUAACGACACACAUCAAAUUGUUGAAAAAGUGCAACGGACACAAGCAGAAGCCAGCAAGUUGCAACAAGAGGACCACAAAACUCUUCAUGAUACACACCAAACAGUCAGCAAAGUAGAAAAGACACAAUUAGAGGCUAUUCAAUUGCAGCAAGAGGACCACAGAACGCUUCAAAUUACACACCAAACAGUUAGUAAAGUAGAAGAGACUCAAUUUUUGGUUAGCAGAUUGCAACAAGAGGACCACAGAACGCUUCAAGAUACACAUCAGGCAGUUGGUAGUUUACAAGAGAUGCAAAAAGAGGCAGUGAAAUUGCAGCAAGAGGACCACAGAACUCUUCAAGACACACACCAAGUCAUCCAAGGUGUUCAGCGGUCUGUGCAGGAUGCAAAAGAGAUGUUAGAGGAUUUUCGGAGAGACCAACAAGAAUCGCGGCAACAGAUCACAUGUGACGCUGUAAAUGCUGAAGACAGAAGAGAUAAAGUUGAAGAAGAUGAAACUCUGCAAAAAUUGGCGAACGUUAACACCGAAAAAACCAUCCAAUAUCACGCUGGGAAAUACCAGGAGGGAACGCGCUUGCACAUCUUUGAGAAGAUCAAGUUGUGGUUAGACGACCUUACAUCUGAAAAUCGUGUGAUGGUAAUCAGUGGAGAUGCGGGAAUGGGUAAAUCAGUGAUUUCCGCUGUCGUUUGUCAAAAAAUGGAAGAAGCUGGCCGGCUCUCGGGAAGUCAUUUUUGUCAUUAUAACAAGGAACGUUACAGAAACCCUAAAGUGAUGCUUCAAUCGUUAGCUUGUCAGCUGUGUGAUGUUUUACCAGAAUACAAAAGUGAACUUGUGAAGAGACUUUCUAGAAACUUGGGUGUGGACAUGAACAGCCUAGAAGUCCAGGAAUUGUUCGAAUUUCUUUUCGAAGAGCCUCUAUGCAGCGUAGGAGACCCUGGUAGAAAUUUGCUGUUAGUUGUUGAUGGCUUGGAUGAAAGUGAAUACAAAGGCCGCAAUGAGAUGCUUGAUGUCAUUGCUAAUCACUUUUGCACACUUCCUGCUUGGGUUCGGUUUUGUGUUACCGCUCGACCGGAAGUAAACAUCGCAGGCCGUCUUAAAAAGUUUAAUCCUGUUCAGCUCAAGCAAGAUGACGAAGAAAACCUUAAAGACAUCAGACUCUUUCUUGAGAGACAGCUAAGCAACGUUAUUCAAUCGGGCUUUGAAGAAGUCGUUAUCAGUGAACUGGCCCGAAAAGCUGCUGGUCAUAUUUUAUACGCCUAUUUGAUGGUCGAUUUUAUCAACAAAAACUUUUCAAGUUUCACCCCUGAGGAUUUGGGAAGAACGUUACCUUCAGGUGUAUCAUCUGUUUAUCAGAAUUAUUUUGAACGUUUGGAGAAAGAAUUGAAAAGUAUUGAGGAACUGACGAUAAGUGCUGAUCAGUUUUUGACUUUUCUUAGUGCUUUUGCAGCUGCACAAGAACCUCUUCCACUAGACUUUGUUUCUAAGAUGUUGCGUUCGGACGCAAAGUCUCCAGCUUGUCACAAGAAAGUAAGAAAGGCUAUCGAAUGUAUCUCAACCCUUCUACCUGUUCAAGAUGGCCGCAUUCACUUCUUUCACAAAUCAGUUAAGGACUGGUUGACU